AUGAGUUUCCCUAGACCUCAAAAGAUUGAUUCGGGCACGAGUUUAAACUUAAACUUUGAUCAAGUGAGCCUUCCUGCCGGCCCCAGCUUGGUACCUCCACCGCCACCGGUCUCUGCUAAAGAUGAGUCCGCAUUCAUUGGCGAGAUCAAGCCAACAGAGGCCUUAUCUAUAUUACCUGAACAAGCCCCUCCUAUACAAGCAAGUGCUCUUGCAGUUCGUUUUAAAAUACACUUUCUGUUUUUUCCAAAAAUUUGCUAUUUGUACAAACACUAGAAGAACAGCUGUUCUAUUUUGGAGACUUGGAUGCGGACCCUGUUUUGCUAGCACUUUAUUCGGCACCUCCGUCCAUGCAAACUUUCGUAGCAAAACCGGAAGCCGAAAGAAUUUCUUUGCGUCCCCCAUGGAAAGUUUAACUUGUGUUUUUAUUAAGUCAUCUAGUCGAUGUUCGCUAGUUUUUUUCCAUUAACAGAUUACUUGAUGAAGGCAUUGAGCAAGCCAGACGCCAGAAUGCUCUAAAUUGUGUGUUUUUUAGCGAUGAUUUUUACCGACUAGAAUAGAACGAUUAUUCACAGCAUCACGCAGAAUUCGUCGUGAACCUCGGACUAUUUGAACAAGUAUUUUUUUCUUUUUGGCACCUAUCUAUCUUGUUCUCCUGUACGUUAGUGUUUUGGUAAUGGAGAACAUCUUCAGUGAAGAUGUGGCUUCCGGCUCAUAACUCCACAACUCUUGAGGUUCUGUUAAUGUGUUUUUACUAGCUAUAUAAAUCGGAGUCAAUUUUACUUAAAGCAUUUGGACGUAAUUUAUUUACUGUGUUACGAGUGAGACAUCCUUGACACAACGGAAAAAAGUAUUUUUGCCAAACUCUGGCACUCAUUGCGAAUGAGCCAUUUAAAUAUCCCUUAUCGUCAGCAGCGACCUUAUUAUUUAAAGCCUGACGUUCGUGGCUAAUGAGUCUUCGUCAUCUUUGAAGUCACGUCAUGUCAGACAGACCGAAAUGGUCGUGCUUUUAACACAUCACUUUACUUUGGACCCAGGGCAAGACUUCUGGCCCCAUAGUUGAUCCGAUCCCGUCACUAAUAACAACUCCGGGCGGUCCGGUCGGGCUCCUUGGAAAGGGUCACUACUCGUAUUUUUCGUCUAUAUUUCAUCCAUAAAGAGUUUGGCCCAUUGACAUUGGAAGUUUAGGACUGCUUUUACUAUCCCACGUUUGUUCCAUCCGGUAGCUGGUUUUCGCUAUGUCACUGGCCUCUUAAACAAAUAAGCACACGUGUGCCUGUAGCUUCUAUUGCUGCCUUGCCGGGUUUCGGUCAUUGGCAUCGUAUCAACCUCGUUUAUUUUUAAAUAUUAUCAUUUUAGCGCCCAGUCGGGCAACUGCGCUCUCGUUACGUUUUACCCCCUCAAAUUUGUUCUACUUCUGGCUCUGGGAUUCCGCAGCCGACUAUUAAGUCAAAAGCUACGGGUAAUCUGCCAGCCAUUCCCACACCCUCCCCACUGACGAGCAGCAUUCCUUCCACUUCGGCGUUCUCUGAAAUGGUUGAACCAAGUACAACUAGUGAGCAGUUUCCACCUCAGUUAUAUUCAUCACCCGAACCACAGAUUCUAAGUAAGUGCAAGUCUGUAAUUCUUUGCUCAUUAAUUUAACUACUGUUGUAACUCAGAACCUUUUAUGUAGAUGAACGGUUGAUUCCUUCUGUUCAUGAGUGGAAAUUAUCGAUAUAUGUACAUAACGAAACGCUUUUGUUGUGAGAAACUUUUAGUUUGCAGAAUGGUUGCUGACAUUUUUUGAGCAAACCUAUGAGACCGGGUUAUCACAAAUCGCUGUUGACCUGCCUAAGACUUCCUUAUCUGGUCCCCUUCGUGACGAAUAUGAGCAUAAAAAUAAGAAAAAGUGAAUUCUCCACUGCCGCAAACCUAGUUUUGAGCAUUUCUAAUAUUGCGUGCUAUUCUAUCAUGUUUUUUUUGCAAAUCGCAGGUAACAUGUAAGAUGUCAUUUUCUCUGUGAUCAAUUGCCCAGCAAAUCGUUGACUUAACUUAUCCAAGCCCGUUUGUUGACCUUUCGCAGCGAACCCUUAUCAGCCCGUGCCUGCACACUGGUUCUACGCCAGCAAAAUGAACUCAAUGCUUGUUUGGUGGCCCUUCGAUCGGUGGGACUCUAACAGACUGGAGGCCUUAGCCUCAAGUAUGGACCUUCUGGGUCCGCGUCAAGUGAUAACGUCAAUCAACGCAGAGGAGGGUUCGCAGCCACCUAUCAGUUUGUCAGUUCGCGGGGGACGUUAUGAUGUCCUGCUGCGGGAACGUCAGUGCAAAGCGGUGUACUGGGAGGAGGAGCGUAAUGAAGUUCGGCGGGCCACCUGGUUUUUUAGGUAAGUCGACGAUUGCCCGGUUAUCAUUUGAUAAGGCCGUGCAUGUGGAAAGGUCAUUCACUAAUCAGGUUACGGAACAUGCCCGUCCAGUUACACUGCGUUGAUCAAUCUAGAACAUUCGCAGGCAUCUACAUAGCGACCCUGUAACGAUGCAGAAUGGAGCUUCAACAAAGACUGGGAUGGCCACUUCUUGUUUAUCUGUCGUCGCCUAGUCAGUGCACGACACUAUAUUCCCACUCACAACUGAUAGGACAACGAGCCCGUGGUUCAAUGGCAGAUCGCCGGCCUACCUCACGCCCAAUUAUCAAAGAUCCAGGGCUCGAACCCCAAGUCCAGCAAACCCACGGUUAGGUAUGGCUGGCUGACAGCGCCUAGUGAGCCGGAAAUGGCCAUCCCGGUUCUCUUAUCUUUGUCACUAGCCCAUUGCCUGCAUAGAUAUGUAUAUAUCGACAGUGUAUUCCUGAUCAAGGUGUAUUUAAAUGAUUCUUGGGAUGCUACACCUCGUUCAAAAUGAGUUGUGCUCUUUGACCUUCUCCGUUCCUCUUUUAUCCGCGUGCAACUGUACGCACUUGUUGUGAUAACUAUCACCUGCAUGUGUAUUUCUUUGAACGGGUUAACUCGUUCAUGCCUUCGCUUUGCACUACUUGCUCGCUAUAACCCAACUUUGGAGAUACCUCAAUUUCACAGGCCGGUUGGCUGUCCAAGUAUUUCUUUUCCGUCGACAUCCGUCCAGUAUGACUUAUUGCUUCUUGUUCUGCGUCUCAAACCUUGGUCCGUCUCAUGCAUCAGUUUGUGCCAUCGUUGCGUGCGCGUUCGCUUAGUUUAGACCUUAACCGUAGCGAUCUGUGCAUUCGAUCCGAGUUAAUGUAGCCUACAAAUUCUCCAUAAAACGUCAGACUUUCCAAUUUCUUCCGCCCUUCCACUGGCAUUCGUUUCGUCGAGGAGGAAUUUCGAAAGAGGGAUUGUGCCCUGCCGACUUACAAGCUUUUUUCGUGAUAGGAGAAUUGUUAUCCACAUUUGGAGUCCGGAAUUUUGGAGCAUAAAAAAUAAACAUCUUCCAUUAGAGCCUCUGUCAGACGGCUUCAUCGAUGAAUUUGAAUAAGACACGAACCUGUCUUGAUCGUAAGCCGUGUUUUAAUAGUUCUGCCAAAUGGUUAUGUAUAAAUUCAUCCCCAACGUCUUACCUGCUUUCAGUAUUCGAUGAAUUUUACUGCUGGCGCUUGCGUGUCUGAUGCCAAGAGCGACGUAACGCCAAAUGCGGCUACUUUUAGUGUUUGAUAUUAACACUCAACGCGCCUAUACGUAAUUUGUUGGUCCGAUCAAGAAGUACAAUCGCAAGUAGAACCACCUAGUAAGACCUAAAUGUAGUCCUGCAUCAACGGCUAGACGACUGAAAAUGGAAUGAAGCCAGUUUCGUGAACUUCCGUUUAACCACUUCGAUAUGUACUAGCACUUUUCGCAACCGCUCGUUUGCCACUAGCUGGUUGAUACUUUUUUCACAGGCGUAUACAUUGUCAGCUAAAGAGUUCUUGUUGAGAGUAAAAGAACUAUUUAAUGAAUUUCCAAAACCGAACUCUAUGAUGUGAAUUACAUAACUUGAAAUGUUGGACAGCGUGCGUAAGUCGAACCUGAAUUUGCUCGAACAACGGAUUACCGAUAUAUAAAUACGCCUACACCAGUCGCCAGUGAGAAACUGCAGCUGCCUAUAAUAAGUGGCUGUGUGCACCAUAUAAAGGAGACCAGCCAGCCGGAAUGGAGUUGCCGGCAAAUGUCCAAGCUCCUCGAAGUGUUGCUACCGGUACAAAGAAAAUCUAAAUUGAUGCUGCCUGCAAGGUUCUCAACAAAAACCGGACAAAGUGAAGGGAAAUACGAUCUGUCAAAUUGACAAAAUGCAUACAUAUUCGAGUGUUAGACCUCUUUUGUACCUUAAUAACAUUUUCAGGUCAAGAUGAUGGGCCCUUAUAGUAAACUCGGUAAACAGUUCUUUUGUUUUCAGUAAGCAAUCGUUUUGAAACUAAAAAUACAGGAUAAAAACUUCGUUUAAAUCCUCGCCGCGCGUCUCCCCCGAUAAUGCUGUUGUGUGAAUUAACAUGCGCCUUAUACGCCAUCGGUUUUUUCAUUGGUUCGAAUUCUUAGCGUACAUCAUUGUGACAGGUCUGACGAUUAUCCAUCGAAAACGUACCUUCACAUUAAACUGCCUUAUACAGUAGAUGUCAUAACUCAUGAAAUGUUGGCUGAAAUUCUGAAAUGCGCUUCCGACUCAAAAAGAUUACUUAAGUAGAGUUAUAAUAGUUAUCACCAUGCAGCAUACUCCCAAGAAAUUUCAGUUACUUCGGGAUGCCAGCCUUUGAGCAGACUUCUUUCCGUCUGCUUGCGAACACUGAACUCUGCGAAAAACGACCACUUAAGUGGUAUGCAUUUUCUCAUUGAUUUUCGAUAUCCUCAUAAAUUCAAUUAUAUUUCCUAUUAAAAAUGCAUAAAACACUCAUUACGUUACUCAUUCGGUGAAAAAUGACGUCUUCUUCCAGUGUUAUACCUGAAGAAAGGGUAUAAUUAUGUUAAAAACGUUUUCAAUUUCCAAAUAAAUUUGAACCCGACCUGCCGUUACGCUUGCAUUCAGGGUUUCCAACUUACAAGCUGUAUAUUUACCGUGUACGGACAAUCAUACAUUUCUGUGCGCUUUUGAGAGGAGACUAUAUGGAGUUCAUAAAAUUUUACAGUGAGUUUGAGCUACAUUUUAAACUUUAUAAGCAACAUCAGUAAAUGCAGAGGCACGAUGGUUUAUGAACGGGCAUUUCGCGGUCUUAAAAAAUCCAUAAUUAGAACCUUUUUUAAAACAGAAUGAUACCCUUCCUUCAAGUAUAAAAUUUGAGGAAAACGUAAUUUUCUAUCAAACAAGUAAAAUACUGAGUAUUUUUAUGCGUUUUUUCUACGAAAUCUAUUUGAAUUUAUAAGGACAUCGAAAAUCAAUGCGAAAAAUGCAUGCUACUAAAGUAGUCGUUUUUCACAGAGUUUUAUGUUUGCAGGCAGAUGGAAAGAAGCUAGUUCAAAGGCCGGCAUCCCGAAGUAACUGCAAUAUCUUAGGUCUAUGCUGCACGGUGAUAACUAUUACUACCCCACUUAAGUAAUCCUUUCGAAUCGGAAGCGCAUUUAAGAAUUUCGGCCAACAUUUCAUGAGUUAGCACACCUACUGUGUGUUUUCCUAAAAUCAUCGGACAGUCAUGACGCACACCUGCUCAGGAGCCGGCGCGUACUGGCACCGACGCGAGUUUUCAUGUCCACGGCCUCUUUUUUGCAGAUGACUGAACGCUAAAUACCACGACAGGAUAUGUUGCGAGGCGUUUACCUUUUUGCCUCCGGUCUCCCAACGCUUUGAUCAACAGUUAACACAUAGGAGACAGUGGUAAUCCAUCAACUGUUGCCAGACGAUGAUUGCAACGAGAUCCUAAUAAGUGUCAACGGAACUCGCUCAUAUCAGUGGACAAACUCGUGUGCCUUGGAUGCGCCAUAAAAAGAAACGUCAUGAUCAAAAACAAAAUCGCUUAUUGAAUUUCCAAAGUCGGCCAGGCCUUUAAUGGGCUGCUACAGUUCGUUACGAAUUGCCUCGUCAGCCCCCACAAUACGACACAAAGGACUACAGGGUUGUUGCUCUGACUGAGCUCUUGCACGAGGCAGAGACUUGGACUUCAUAUGAAAGCUAAAAAAGGAGACUCAACCAUCUUCACCUUGGGUGCCUCCGAGGAAUACUGGAAUUUGAAAUGGUGGAAAGGGAUCAGUGGCACUGAAAUUAUUGAAAGAACCGGCGUCUUCAAUAUUCACGCCAGGUUAAGGCAGAUAAAUUGCGACGGAGUGACUACAUCUUGAGGAUGAUUGAGAAGCGCUACUCAAGCGGUUCUUUGACGACGUGGCUACGGAUGCUCGCGGACAAGGCGGAAAAAAGCGUCCUUGAAGACCUCCAUCAAGCAUAUGCACCUCAACACUAAGGCCUGCGGAAACCUCGAACAGAAUCGGUAGGUGUGCCGAACUGCCGUAAAGACUGGAGCAGACAUCCUCGAAGCCAACCAACUAGCGGCGAUGUAGGCGAGAACAGUGGAUGGCGGGACCGGAGCGUCGCGGUCGAACUACAUGAGCACCCGGUGCCUUCCAUUGUGUCCACAUUGUCAACGGACUUUCAAAUAUAUUUCGUAAAAAACGCUCAAAAAUACUCAUUAUUUUACUCAUUCGGUGAAAAAUGACGUCUUCUUCCAAUGUUAUACUCGAAGGAAGGGUAUGAUUUGGUUUUCAAAAAGUUUUUAAUUGCGAGUUUUUUGAUACCGUGAAAUGCCUAUUCAUGAAACAUCGCGUCUCUGCAUUUACAAAUGUUGCUUGUAAAGUUUUCACCAUGACUCAAACCCACUGCUACAUUUUUGAAGCCCGUGUGGUCGCCUCUUAAUACCGUUGAGAAAUGUAUGGUUUUCCGUUCGCGGAAAAUAUACGGCAUGUAGUUUUGAAACCCUGAACGCAAGUGUAACAGCAGGUGGGGUUCAAAAUUAUUCGGGAAUUGUAAAAGUUUUUGAAAACCCAAUUAUGCCCUUCCUCCGAGUAUAAAGUUGCAAGAAGACGUCAUUUGCUACCGAAUAAGUAAAAGAAUGAAUAUUUUUGUGUACGUUUUCCAUGAAAUAUAACUCAAUUUUUGAGGGCGUCGAAAAUCAAUGAGAAAAAUUCAUGCUACUUAAGUAGUCACUUUUUGCAGAGUGUGGUUUUCGCAUGAGGCGGAAAGGAGUUCGUUGGAAAGCCGGCAUCUCGAGGUAGCUGAUUUAUUAUAGAAUUAUGCUGCACGGUGAGUAAUAUUACAAUCCUACUUAAGUAAUCUUUCUGAGUCGGAAGCGCAUUUCAGAAUAUCGGCCAACAUUUCAUGACUUAGCAUGCCUACUGUACAUAAAUGGACGUUUUCUAAAGCGGCCUACAUGUAGCCGGACCGUCUGCGACACCAGCGUGUGUUUGCAGGAUCAGGAGAUCGAAUGCCGAGUCGGACGGUUUGAAACUUUAUGAUGAGAAAAAGGCCAGACAAGGACAGCGGAGCAAUUGUAUGCGGUGAUACUUUUGCCUCAAGCCAUCACCUUUAUGCUGGUAAGAUACCUCGGUGUUUCCGGACACUAUCAGAGACAUAUCUUGCCACAUUCGUUAAUUGGCUACCGGGCUGGCGCACCGCCCCCUUUUCAGUUCCAGUAAAUCAUUAAACCCUUCAGUCCAACGCUUUUGAGCUACUGGCAACACUCCUGAGUUAACGAUUACUUGUCUUUACCCAUCGGUAAAAGUGAGAUGUAGAUCGAGCUCUAAAGCAAAAGUAAAUGCCAAUUUCUGUCCAGGACCUCGACUGGAUCAGUAAACACCGUUGUCAUUCGACAAAGGGAUUUACAGUUUGUUCAAUUACCCAUUAAAAUGUUGUCAAUUUCCCUACGGUUUGUAAUUCAUGAGCUAUCAAAGUUUGUGUGCCUAAUUUUUGAAUCACUGACGUGUAAUUAUGUCCUUAGAGAGUAACGCCAUUAAAGGAAGAUGCCAGAACACCAAGAAAUUAGUACCGUCGGGUGUUGGUGUAAGAUUCCUUGUCUCGUCUGGCUCUCACCCAACCCGAACAUUGCCCAUGUAGUCGUUAUCUAUUCCGCUCUGGUCACCAGUUUGGCUCUUUUAUGCGUCCCACUUUCCGCUACGAUAAAUGCACGCCCUCUCGUACUUUAGUCCGAUUGUUAUUGAAUCUACAUUCAGUGGCAAUGGGGCCUACUAGCUCGUAGUCAGCCAAAGUGUCCCCAAAACUUGAUCGCUCUCUAGGUUUCAGUGUGACCUAUUAACAGGCUACACUGGUCCCGACAACAAAGACAUCCGAUUCGUUUACAGACUGACCAUAGUGUUGCACGGCUUGUUAGCAUAAAAAGGAAACCCGCCCACCGCCGAACGAUUGCAAAGGAGUCGUCUCCUAUAACUACCAAAGAGUGGCCUACAGUUGCUUGAGAAAAUAAGCAUUUGUGAUUUCAGACAUAAAAAGCUUGAGGGCAGACAUGUGUCGGAAAUGCGGCCAUCUGACGAGACCUAGACUACCUUUUGCUCGUUAUAUUAGAUAUCUCCAAUUGAGCGCGUUUGCAGACACACCACCCUCAUAUGGCCCAUAUUUGUCAGACAGAUCUGCUCAUAGAAGUCCAACCUGACGCGCCUGCUUGUACUUUGGUAAAUUAUGCCUGUGUAGACCUUUCGACCCUCAUCUACAGUGAGGUUCUUUUCCACCCUCCGACCCCACUUUCGUUGUUAUUUUAACGUUGUCCCCAGUCAUGCGUUUAGUAAGGUGCAUUGUAUUCGCUGCCAAAAUUCAUCAUUGGCGGUUUUGAUUUUGAAUUUGUAUGUUUAAGGGGAGGGGGGAUACUGUUAUUCAGGUUAGCCGCAAAAACUCAUUUCAGACCUUUUUUACCUGGACAACCAAAACCUCUUGGUUGGCAUCAAUUACUUGUUUUGACUAUAAAGAAAAAUGUAAACCCAAAAGCAUGAUCAGAGGCAAAGAUAUUAUACAUCCUUUUAAUGUUGCCUCGUAACAUUCGAGACCUUUUGAGAGCUCCCCCCAAUUUCUAACUGGGGUUUCGGAUAGUAACCUGAAAACGCUCCUCAUCACACUGAUUUCACGACGAUCACCUUUGGAGAAAAGUGCCUAUUAAGAAUCUGCUAGUGGAGGCACUUUCUUUUUGUCCAGAUAUUUUCGUGUAUAAAUUAGGUGACCAAACUGAUAAACCGUAGAUAAUCAGGCCCAGGUAUCUCAGACGUAAUGCAUUUCAUUUAUGAGCCCAACGCGUAUGCAAAAGACCUUUGCUCGCUCAGAAUAUGUUUUUGUAUCACUUUACCUGCGAAAAGAUGACAAGUUCAAACAUACCUCGACACCACUUUGUAUUCUGGCGAUUUCCUGUGCUGCUAACCCUCCUACAACAAAUCUGCCCAUUCUUGCAUGUUUCUCUAGAAAGGAGCUGUUAACCUACUCGUUUGCCACAAGACGUCUGCUAACUUAUGACUUACUUUCUUGGUCCGCUCAAAUUAGGUGAGACGAGAUACGAAUAAGGGUGUUAUUUUCAGAUAGGCGGAAGUUUGGCUUUUUUGACAUUUCCAGUUAGUAAGUGCAUGUAGUCAUAUGCCCGGAGAAGCCGUAAUAGGGUCAACAGGAAAUCUUUUGUUUGAACACACCCGAAAUGUCGAGACUUGCACAAAUGCCGCACAGCCGACUACGAAGAAGUUGACCAGUAAAUGUCCAGUUAAAUUUGUGGGUACAUGGUAAGACGUUCUCGUGCUAUUCGGUCUCCGUUAGUAUGUGACCUUAAAACGGAAGGAAAUCGCUUUACUCGUUUGAGAGACAUUUUAGUAAUGUAUUUAUGUUUGCAGGACGGAGUCUAUAACUACGCGAAGAUGGUGAAUAAGGGCUCCAAAAUAAAGAAAAAGAAGUUGGUUUUUUCGUUUCCGGCAGAAAACUUGCCAGUGUGACGUAGACUCUAAUCUGCAAAAUACUCUAACAAAACACUUUUUGGAUACAAAUUAUUAAGGAAGACCAGCGCACGGUACUUUAUUGCAAGAGAUAUUCUCCUGAUAUUCCGAAAAUCGCAUGUUUACGAUUAUGUCUGCUUAUUAUAUUCCGCUUUCUUUAGUCAUUGAUCGAAUUCUCUACAUGUAUCCAUAUGGACGGUUUUAUUGCCGGGACUCUUCUAACUGUGAGACCAAAAUAGUUCCACUUUAUAAUCGAUUGCACCUCGGACAAUGCAAAAACGGACAAUUUACAUCGAGUCCUCAUAAAACUACUUUAAUAAACACCAACCAGUUAACUGAUUGCCAUGGAGUACAUUACAGUAGGUGACCUAACUCAUGAAAUAUGUCUAGGUUAACGAAAAAUCACUACCCUAUCUGAAACCGGUUUGAACUCAUCCAUCAAAAAGAGACUUCUAAUGAACAACCUCCGGAUAAACGGAUACCUUAGAUAAGUAAUUCACAUACCGCUUCGUUUAUUAAAAAUAAUUAUUUUCCUAAGGAAAGCGAGAAUACCGAAAACUCGAAAAUUCCUGCCGUGAGCGAGACGGACUCCUGUUUCGGUCCUACGUUUCUGCAGUACAGCUGGUUGUGGACUAUCAAUCCGAAACACGUAGAUCGCCGAUAAAGCUCACGUAUUGUUUAUGGACUUUGUCUUGUAAUUACGGAGCAAUUCGCGUUUAACUACGUCAGAGCAUUUGUCCUAAUACAGCGGGAAGUCGAUAAAAAGUAACUUGACUUUGAGGGCAGCUUUUAAUCGUCUUUGACUUGUCAGCAAAAAUACUUUGGGGGUGAAUUAAGUUUUUAUUUUGCGUCGUAGUUGUACUUAAACAAUGACAGUAGCAGCAAAAUGUAAGCCUCAAUUUUUCCGGCUGGUUAGCGGGGGUCGAAUGAACUGCUCAAAUAGCUUAACGUCACCCUACGCGUGUUACCUUUGAAUUCAUAACUUUUUUCAAGUACUAAGUGCGAAUAUUUUAUUCUGCCACAGCCAUUUCAUGCCGGUUGUGUUGUAUAGUUUGCCGCUGGCGGUAACCGUCUGAAGGAUGUUUUGGACCGCCAAGUCGAAAAUCGAUCAUAGGGGUCUACACUGUUGUCAGAUGUUGUUCGCGAUAAAAAUCACCGGAAAGGAUCACAGAUAAGGAUCACCAGAAACAUUGUUUUCAGACUGAACAUUCGUUUUUUAGAAAAGUGUUUAUUAAAUGUUCCUCUCAUUGAGGUGCAAGCCAUCAGAAUUAGACGCAGGCAAGUAGAUAUUUAGAGCUGUUAUAUUUGUCCUUACUUGUGCGCCUUUUGUUUUUACGUUUUUUAGACCACAAAAUGAGCAACGAGUUUUACCCUUCUCUGAGACCAUAUGUUCCCAACUGGAAGAGCAAUAUCGGAGGGCCGUGGAGUUCGGAACCUGGGGACAGAAGUUCGAACUGCCUUCAGAGGAGAAUGAGACCGUCUCCGACUCCUUCAUAUUCCACAGUCCACAGGUAAGGUUCCAGUUCUGAUACGUUCGAACGAAGAUAUGGAAGCAUGACCGUGUGACAAAAGACAUUUUGAUAUCGAAAAGUCCGCUGCAAAAACUGCAGCUUUAUCGCAUUUUGAGAAGGCUUUCUAACCCUAUUGGAAGAGCUGUUUCUUUAUUUUCUGGCAUUCAAAGAAAUUUUCCCCAAUAGAAGGUCUUCAUAAGAAAGUUCGUUACUAUCCUCGGCGUUCUAUCGUCUUUUACCUCCCCCCACCUCACGCAUAUGUGAUAAAAAUAACCAGAAUUUAAAAUGUCAUCUCUGCUUCCAGUAGGUUUCUUCGUCAAAAGAAGAAAAGCUGGGGAGGGUAAUUUACUAAGAGCCACAAAACCACUUUUGAGAUUCUCAUGCUUCGGUUCCGCUGCCGUGACAUGAGGAUCGCCGUCCUCUGGAGGUUUACACAGUGGCAGGCCAUGCGUUCUGUUGGUAAAUUUCGCUGACUUGGCGUCCCUAUGUUAAUUCUUUAAAGCGUGAAUACGUAAAGUGAACCAGUUCUUGCUGCUAGUGGCCACCCAAGGAAGGCUGUGAAGCUGGGUCGUUGAUCCCCGUUUGGCCGUACACAAAGGACGGCUCAUGCAUCCCAGUCACCGAACUUGCCACAUACUCACCUCUACGCUAUUUAUACCCCCACUUUUAUUUGGCGAUCAUUGAAGGCUGAUCUCGGCUUUCAUUUUUAUUACUGGCUGUUGUAACCCGUACUUGCAUACUGAACUCCGGCGAAUACCUCCUGACUUAGGGUCACCUGUGAUCUGUGGAAUUGUUACGCAGAACGAUUCGCCAGUCUAUCCAAGCCUAAGGUCUAUAAGUCGUAAACAACAGGUUUACCGGAACCAGUGAGACAGUGCUAUAAGUUGGUAGAAAUUAAAUAGAGUUCAUAAUAGCCAUGAGGAGUUGCCGCAUGCGCCAUCACCCUCUUCUGCGGAUCGCAGUAAUCAUUUGCCAGCUCUCUUGACUUAUAGCCCGAAUUUUGACCAGUUUCACGCAUACAUUCUGUCCCUCAUGGGGGUGCAACGGCCACAGUUACUCACGAAAACCGUAAGUUGAGGCAAUCAUUGGCGUGCACAGCUUGUUUCAAUUUACUUAUGUCGGACCUAGUUUAUCGAAAUUGCUUAACAAUACUGCUUUUCCAGUUUGCUUUGGAUAACCUGCAAUUUUUUAAUGUACGAUGUCUAGCCGGUUUAUUGCGAUAUUUCCCUCCAACUAGUCGAUGAUCCAAUACCGCACCUACCCUUUCCUGAAUGGCAUUUCGGAGUUGCAGAGCUCCUUUUCACCAUCAGGCUACGAUGAGGCGAGUCAUUUGUGUAUCCUACAUCGCGGCCUGCAUGCCGAUCUGCAAAGCCAACUUCCCGAAGGUGAUCAGCGCCCCGUCGAGCACUUAGUUUUUGUUGUGCAUGGCAUCGGCUCCAUCUACAAUCUUCGCGGUGAAGGCCUUGUUGACUGCGUCAAUGAUAUGCGGUUAGUCCCUUUGUUGUCCUCCGUGUCUUCCCAACUGAGCGCUCCAAUCUGAUCUUUUUUCCCAUGGUUAUAUGCCCACUCGAGCCUCCUACCGUGCCUUACUAUUUAUGGGCGUUCUACCGUCAUCCAAGUUCUGUGUUAGUUCUCUGUUUUGGAAUACCGAAAAUACUCUUUUUGCUGCAGACAUGUUAAUAUAACCCUCAGACUUCAUUAUCUUUCUUGAAUCACAUCCAUGCAGAAAUGAUGAACCACUCCUCUUCCGUCAAUCCGUUCCACCUAAAUGCACCGACGAAGAUGAAUAUUGGGAAAUUAUUGUAUUUAAGGUCUCCAGUGAAGUUAGUGAGCAAUAAGGCGCUGGCUGUAGGACUCAACAUAUUGGCGAGUAUGUGUAUCCAGAAUGUCAUUACUGACAAGGGAGACAGGAAUGACCACUUCUGGCUUAUCGGUCGUCGUCAGCCAACCAUGCCCAACCCCGAGGUCUGCAACCUGGGGCUCGAUCACGCGACUUGCAGGUUAGAAGUCCAACGCCCUGCCUACUGAGCCAUGGUCUCAUUGCUCUGUCGGUUGCGAUCGGGUAUAUACAGUGGUAGAGGGAUGCUUACUGGUCGCGAUACGAGAUACAAUCGUCCCGCUUUGUACUUCGGGGCUCAGUCUCGAGGCCUGCCACAGCCGCACAACGGAUGAUGAUGCAUACAGACAGAAUAGAAUUAACGACAAGAAGAGAGACUUGAGUGGCCAUUUCUGAUAUAUUAACUGUCAUCAGCCAGCCAUAUCGUCAGCUAGCCGCUGUGCGGUUGUUGGCAGGUCUCGAGUUUGAGUCUCAGGGCACAAAGCGGGACGUGUUUCCAGUAUCGUGGCCUUGAGCGUCUCUCUACCAUUGACGGGUCAGUUUUAGACGACCCUUGAAUCGGUAUGCCUGCCUCCCUAACACUUGAACCCGUAGCUCAGACUUCCAGUCACGACCACCGACCAUAACAAAUUCGACUAAUAUUUGCUAGAAUGUGGGGCGUCGAUGACACCUUCUGAUUUAUGAUAUCGCGGAGUAACCUUUCUCCAGUCCCACUAAGGCGCCUCUCUCAGGAUGCCGAUGUUAGUUCUGACUGGUUUUGUUUGGCAAGAUUCCUUUCUGCGUGUGGUGGUAAUUUAGGUUGAAUUUUCUGCUGCCCGUGGACAAGAAGUCACUUUUGAUGGUACCAUCGACCUUCGAUAAGUCCUCCAGCCCACCCGAACCCCACCCUCCAGACGUCCAAAAACCUACUCUAACCACCACUCACUGGACGUCGUUUGAGUGGGCGGCUUUUUGGGUGGGUGGUUUUACUUCGAGUCUGGAUUCGAGCAGGGACUUUCCCAUUUACUCCUACAGUCCGCCAUUUUAGGGUUCCUGGGUCGUGUUGGAAAUCGGCGAGUUAAUUCCCAUUAAACGACGGCAUCGCUCACUAUGGUUAAUAUUGCCAUAGCCUAUGGUCACUUCAUAGGUAACCGGUUUACCAGUUUAGUGUCCAGCCGAACCUGAAAACUUUACUGCUGCAUGGUCAGAACCCAUUUUUUCGUCAAAUUCGAGCGCCUUAAGUACAGUGAUUUGACAAAUAGUAUCUGGAGAGUCAUGAGAUAGCGAACGAACAAGUCGCAUCCAUUUUUUCUUUGUCAUUAGACAAUCCCGUAGCCCGUGCAUAGGCCAAACCUUCCUGAGAAAUCGAUUCUACCAGGUCCUCUGAGCUGCGGCCCUAUUUUUGACAGGUGCUAUUUCGUCUUACUGUACGCCGACCUUUACUGGUAGCAAUAUAGAAUGUCAAGAGGGAGAGCUGAUAAGUAUUGUCUAAAAAUUCCAAAUUUGCGAUGGUUCUGUGUACAUCUUCCUAUGCUUGCCAGACGGACGGCCGAGUCUCUGAUGGCGAGCCACUUUCCCUCGGCCAGCGGACGAGUUGAGUUCCUGCCGGUUCAGUGGCAUUCAGCCCUGCACUCUGAGGCAACUGGCAUCAAUAAUCAGCUGAAGCGUGUCACCUUGCGCAGUAUCCCCAAGUUGCGCAACUACACCAACGGCACACUGACUGACAUCCUCUUCUACACCAGUCCAAAGUACUGCCAACACAUCACUUACACCGUGUCAUCUUCCAUAGCACGCCUCAAGCGUCUCUUCUUGCAAAGGAAUCCAAACUUUGCUGUGAGUGCUUUGCCCUAAAAUCGUCCCACCCCUCGUUUGCAUUGUUUCUUGCCCAACCUGACCAGAGUGCUUGCUAUUCUCUCGUAUGCCGCCUUUAACCCCUGUGCACAUGGUUCACCCUAUGCUUACACUUUCUGCUGGGUUGUAGCAAUCGUCGCCAAUAAGCUAGCUACCGCUCAACCUUUGUCCCCCACACUAUCGAUUUAGGCCUCGACCUAGUGGGCAGAUGUCGUUGGUGACCUCGUCUUUGCCCUUUUCUGACUACCCGUGGAAACUCUCUGUUGCGAGGUUAUGAAAAUGGGGGCAGUUCAAAAAUUUCUAGUAUCCGUCAGGAUGGUGAUGGAGAGGGGAGUGCAGUAGAUGCUGCGCAAGUCGACGUCACUAUGAACUGGUCCAGGUGAAAGCCACCGGUGCUGCGCUCGUUCUAUGGGGCAAACGGUGGACGUCGUUCACAACGGUCGAAAUGUCACAUUCUAGCAAUAUUUUUCCAAUAUUUCCCAAAUGCUGAAUUUAAGUUUAUUCUCACCCAUUUGGAGACUUCUUGGUGCCAGGAGGAAACGAACAUCAUCCACUAAACUUAGGACCCUGUAGAUGAGCCCUUCACUAUCUCUGGAAGGUGACUUUUUAGAGACUACCGUUCCACUAUUUUUGAGCUCACACAGACCAGAAAACAUUGUCCCUUGCAAUCUAUCGUAUUAUAAUAAAGGAUUAUGCUUAGGUGAACACACUCUUCUACAGGGCACGCUGUCAAUCAUCGGACACAGUUUGGGCGCGGUUAUUGUGUUCGACCUGCUCUCGCACCAGCGUCACUUUUCUGAUGGCGGCGGUGGGGGAGAUGACGUUGACAAUUCACGUCGAGUUGGCGCCGGGGAGGAUGAGGAGGGUUCUGAGCCUCAGUCGGGCUCAGCACAAUCCGAAAACGAUGACUGGUCGCUGGUGGCUGGAGACAGAGCCGAAGAUGAGUCCGUAAUAGAUAGACGCGACUCACCCGACGUCUUCAUUUCAUCAGAGGGGGCAGAGGAUCUGCCGAGAGGUGUAUUGGAUAAUCUCCGCCGGAGGCUGGCCAAGGCAAAGUUGUCUGACGAGCAGCUCCGACUAGUCCUCAACGCCGUUGCUAAGACCAACCAUCAGUCCUCCUCGGCGGGCGUUGGAAUGCCCGUGUUUCAGUACCCACAGCUUGGUUUUCCAGUCUCGGCCUGCUUUCUUCUCGGAUCACCGCUGCCCGUAUUUCUCACGGCUCGAGGAAUUGACAGACUUCCAAACGACUAUCGGCUGCCCACUUGCUCUGCCGUGUUCAAUAUAUUCCACCCCUUCGAUCCAGUCGCCUAUCGCAUGGAAACAAUGAUUGUGCCCGACUUCAAGGUACUUCCCAAUAACUUGUGUUCUGUGUGAUUUGCUGAGAUUUUUCUGUGAUUCCCCUUAUACACACUUCUUUUUAGUUUUGUAUUCCACACCUUAUAACAGCCCGGGUUCAAACAGAAUUGACGUUUGGCAUGACUCUUGGGAGCCCAGCAGCUCCUGAAAACUGCUGGCUGCAUGACUUUAUUGGGAAAAGCAAUGUCAAAUAAGUUGCUGAGGGACGGAUAUCGUCUCCACGACUUCUACAAGUUACGUUGGUACCGUCAGAGGGGAGGGACCGGUAGGUUGUCUAAAAUGGGAAGAUUGCUCUUGAACGAAAAUAUGACUCGUAGUCGGCGGGCAUUCUGACAUCGGAACCUUAAGUUGACAUAUCUUAGCCUCCGAGCUCGUGCUAAUUGAUGAAAUCUGUUGCUUCUAUAGACCAGGCCAGAGAUUUGGCAGCCAAUUGGAGUUCCUUUUUGCUAUUCACCAGGUACCAACACAAUUCAAGAAUAUUCUUGAGAUGUUGGAUCUAGAGUGGGCCGUGUAUUUUGUCAUAAUCAUCUUCCAGGUGUUCGACCUGUCUCUUGACUUUCCGAAUCACACACGGGGGGAUUCGCAUAUUUGCACUUACGCGGAACAAACAUUUUUCUUAACUAGAGCGUGGUUGUCGUUUAUCAAUCAAGAGUACAGAGCAUUCUUGACCUGUUGGACCUUUAUGCCUUUACUAGAACCCUCUAAGACAAAAUAGGCGCCUGUAUUAGUGAAGAAUAAAUAUUAACGAAAAUCGGGGACACUUGGACAGUCAUUUUUGACUUACUAGCUGUCGUUGGUCUGUUAUGUACCAACCCCACGUUCGUAUAACCUGGCUGACGACGACGACUGGUAAGCCAGUAGUCACCAUCCUGUUUUUCAAUCUCUGUCGACAUCUAUUGUACAUGUCUACUAACAAGUUGUAAGUGAGCCAAUUUUGACCUUAAAAUGUCUGGGUCUGUGUGUUUCGCCUCUAAUAUCCAACAAAUAGUGAAAAUGAAGACAUCUCUUUAGGUUAGGGAUGUAUUUCGUCCGAGCCUAUAUGGAGGAACAUUGCUACGGGAGCUGAUCCUUUUUGUGGCUUGCUUAUACUCUUUCUGCCCUGUAAAACCCUCAAAGUAAUUGUAAUAUGUCCACCUAACCCGUUUAUCUCUUAAUUAUGAUAUUUUUAAAGUGCAACUUUUGUUUUACGUACGUCGAUAUCCGAAGACCAAGGCAGUUCAAGUCCAAUCUUAUGAGCAUGCACGAACCCUUCUAAAGCAGUAUUCUUCCCUACAGUUUGAUGCACAACCAUCUGGCCCCUGUUCUCCACUAAAACUUUUACACCUAUUUGUAGAGGCUCGGAAAGCAGCUAUAUUAGUUGUUUAUCACAUGCUUAGGUGUCAGGAAGUAGGUUAAAUCGAGGGAUGAUAGUCAAGAAUCGUACAGUAUAAAUGGCAGAAUUUCAUCAUGGCUGACCACCCUUUUAUUAUAAAGAGUUCACAAUCCACGGAUGUCUUGCUGCGAAAACCAGUACGUCCGGCCUCAUUCAGAACGUUAGGUCGCUAGAUUGGAUACAUCACCAAUGCACUUGGCCUUAUAAGCUUUUUUAGACCAGCAUGGCUGUACGAAAUGAGUUACUUACACGUAUGUAUGUGUGUGUAGAAGUAAGGAAACCCGGUAGAAUAACAUGCUGGCUUGAAAAGAAUAUAUACAACUUCACAUGUAAGUGGUUUUAAGCCAUCUAUCUUGACCACAGGACGCAUUGCUGGGGCUUUAAAGUUUCUUUGGAAAUCUCAAUCCACGGUCUAUGUAUGCAGUUGCAAUAACCGGAAUGAAUGCCGACAGAGCCGAAACUAGCUGAUGACGGCAAAUAGACCAAAAAUUUAAUUCCAAUCUCACCGCUGUCUUUAUCAGGCACACUCAUCCUAUUGUUUGCUUUUGCCAAUGUUUUGCUAGUGCGUCGUUGUUGUUUAGCACCAAACGCAGCCAAAAUUCUCCCGCAAACAUUACUUAUGGCAUCAAUUUUCAGGCUACCCUUCCCCCGGAUCGGAAUCAUCUGCUGGACUUUGCCCUGCGCCUAACUGACUGUCAUUUUGCCCUAUGCUGGGCAUUUUUGCAUAGACAUCGUCUACCUUCACAAAAGUGCAAUAUCUUUGCAUGCCAGCUAAACUUACAUCUAAACCUAUUAUGAGGUCAGAUGACAUAACCAGCCGCCAUUUUUGAUUUCUUUACCAGCCUUGCGCUGUCCUAAUGCCGCACCACAAGGGUCGAAAGCGACUCCAUCUGGAGCUGAAAGACAACUUGGCACGCGUGGGUGCCGACAUCAAGUCGCGUGUCUACGAGUCCCUGCGUUCUACAUGGCGCACCCUGCAGGAGUUCGCCUCUGCGCACAUGACGUAAGUAGCACUCAGCCUCGCAUAUUGGCACUUGACUUUCUGCAGUUUUACCAACAAGCCUGUCGUGGCGUUUUCUUGACGUUCCUUACCGUUCACAGUUGACUUUGCUUAGGGGAGAGUGUCGGUGCACUCGGCAGAAGAGUUAGGAUGAAGUCUUGGUUCGACCUUAAGGCACUAGGUUCAUUACUGUCCCGGAUUAGACACAAUUGUGAAUUGAGCCUGCAUUUGCUUACAGUGAAGUAGACUUAGGCACCAUCUACUUCACCCUCUUUUUCCCCACCCGCCGUGUUUCAAGGACAACGCGCAGUCCAGACGAGCAGAGACGGGCGUUGGUGCAGUAACUGACAAAGCUACGUAGGCUGUGUUUUCAUGCCACACCUAACCUGUUUCCAAGUUGCGUCUAAAUCGGGCCCCAAUUAAAGAUUGGGGAUGUCAGACCUCAUAUAAAAAAGCUUGCAACGAUAGUAGCAGUAAGCAGUCAUUACGGCUUGCGCUGCGGUCGCGAGGAGAAUUCCCUUACUUGGCAGUCCAGGCUUGGCAACGUCUCGAGAUUGUUGGGAAGCGCAUUUCCUCGUUUAUAGUGAUGGAAGUGCGCAGUGGAUUCUAACUCGACUGGCCGCCUGCUGCUUGCCACACAUACGGACAGGAAGAGAAAGAAUUGCAUGUUUUUAUUUUAACCAGGGAUGCAUCCCUCCCGCAGGCGUUCAAAUGUUUAAAACAGAUUAUCAGUCCCGGCUACGUCAGACGUUGUGUGUUUUUACUGAUACCCAACGCGUUAUACUCACGCAGAAUAUGUUUUUGUACCACUUUACCUGCGAAAAGAUCACAAUUUUAAGCAUACCCCGAUACCACUUUGUAUUCCGGCGAUUUCCUGUGCUGCUAGCCCUCCUAAAACAGAUCUGCCCAUUUUUGUAUGCUUCUAUAGAAAGGAGUUGUUAACCUACGUGCUUGUCACAAGACGUCUGCUAACUUAUGCCUUAAUUUCUUGGUCCGCUCAAAUUAAGUGAGAGGAGAUACGACUAAGGGUGUUAUUUUCAGAUAGGCAGAAGUUUGGCUUUUUUGAAAGUUCCAUUUAGUAAGUUCCCGGGGAAGCAGUAAUAAGGCCAGCAGGAAAUCCUUUGUUUGAACACACCCGAAAUGUCCAGACUUGCAGAAAUACCGCACAGCCGACUGCGAAGAAGUUGACCAGUAAAUGUCCAGUUAAAUUUGUGGGUACAUGGUAAGACGUUCUCGUGCUAUUCGGUCUCCGCUAGUACGUGACCUUAAAACGGAAGGAAAUCGCUUUACUCGUUUGAGAGACCUUUUAGUAGUGUAUUUACGUUUGCAGGACGGAGUCUAUAACUACGCGAAGAUGAUGAAUAAGGGCUCCAAAAUAAACAAAAAGGUAGUUUUUAUGUUUCCGACAGAAAACUAGCCAGUGUCUGUCAGGGACUUACCUGAACACGUAAAGCGCUUCACUUUCUUGCUGAGACUACUCUAGAAAGGACAGGGGACGUGGACAUUUGUCUGCAAAAUACUCCAUAAGUUAUUUUUGCGAUAUAAAUUAUUAGGAAGGGGUUUACUGUGAUCGGGGAAACCUAAUCGUUGUCCAGCCCACAAUAAUUUUAUCCAAGAGGGAUCCCCUGAUAUACAGAAAAUCUCAUGUUCACGAUUACUUUUAUAAUUUCCCAGUUUCUUAGUCAGUGACCGGUCUCUUAACGUGUGCCCCUGUAAAAGUUCUUAUUCCUGUGACAUUUCUAGCAGUGACGUCAAACGAACUCCUCUUUAUAGUCAACUGCUUCUCAAAUAAUGCAAAAACGGCAGACUUACUCCGAAUGCUCAUGGACUGGUUUUAAAAAGUAGCUAAGCACCACCCAGUUUACUGGUUGACUAGCUGUAUAUUACGUUGAUUAUUGAGGAAUAUUUAGUCCGGGGGCAAUGUAAGCUGUCUUCCGUAACGUUGGUGUGCUUACCCUGUGUUGUUUGCCCGGUUACUUGCGCGGACAAAUAAAGCUUAUCAACUCGACAAGAACUUUCGUGUUUUCUGUAUUUCUGUUUUUUUUUUACAUAAAAAGGUUAUUUCUAAGCAGUCUAACAUUGCUGCCAAUACUUCUUUUGUACUUCUAUCUGAGCACAGGUAAUUCACUAUUAAUCGGGCAGUUCGGUCGACUCCCAUCGACCCGUUUUACGAGUCACUAGGGCUUUUUUCAUGAAUAUACGCACAUUUAUUGAGUUCCGUCAAUUUCUGUAUUUUUCUUCACGACGCUCCUUUCGAAUAGGACAUUAUUUUCUAUAAUGUUCCAAAUGUCAGUUACGGGCACAGUUUGUCAACUUAUGAUGUCUACUGACCCCUCACGACAACGCGGAAUAUGCUGGUUCAUUGUAGUCUGCCUCAAUUGCAGUAGUCGUUUGGCAGUCAUAUUUAUGUACUUCGGUUGCUCACUAACUCCAACAUUUGUCAAAUGGUCACAAACCUACCAGAUGUGGCUGUUUAAACAGUGGUCUUCUUUCAGUGCCGCGUAGCCGCUAUUUCCUGUGAUGGAACCGCAAACUUCUACUUUUAUGUCACCAUGUUGCUGGCCUCCUUACUUGUUCAUUUAAUUAGAUUUCACAGUAAAGCCUUUUCCCCAUCAACAACUUCCGAGGUCGUCAGGUGGGCCACCCUGAGUCUGCUGAAUGACCAUCCCGGCUACAACACCCAAGUCGUGUUUAUUUAUGUUCUUAUGAGGUUCUAACUGCCUGGAAGUCCAAACGUCGCGAGCGCUGACGUCCUCCGGGUGCAGAUCGCUCAUUUAUGAUAGUUUUUUUGCGCGAUAAUUUUGGGUCUGCUUUAUGAACCACUGAAAAGUUUUGUGGAUUUUCGCUUACUUUCUGUGUUAGACAACCUAAUGUUGAGGUCAUUUUCGGUACCCAGCAUAAUUCUGACCCCAUAUGCCUCUCCUUAUCUCUCUCUUAGCACAGCACCCACUAACAGUGAAGUAUCGCCCACCAGCGAAAUUACAGAAGACGAGUCGGACGCCAUAAAGAGAGUUUUAUCUCGACUCACUGCCGGGGAGGAGUCGAGUGAUUCCUCACUGACAACAGCCUCCGUGGAACGCGAUGACGGGACGCAGUCGCCUGACGAUCCCAACCUCUUCUCAAGUCAGUUGAACCAAGGCCGGCGGAUCGACUUUGUUCUUCAGGUGCGUGGUCUUUUUUGCCGGCGAUGGAGCCUUGUAAACUUUGACUCGUUUGUAAGGCGACGAAAUUGCUUUCUAACCGAUUUUAUGCCGUGCUGAUUGCGACUCAGGCGCAUUUACACCAAUUCGUUCCUGUUAUUGUUACUUAGCGAUAUAAGUGCUGUGAUAGUUCGUGUGUUUUUGCGCAUCUUAAAUGUAUGGCCGCCGGAAGGCAUGUUUUAUUAUCUCUUUAUUCCAUUUCUUUGUUUUAGCUCUGAUAGUCUCGUAACUAGUGGCGAAUGCCGGUAUCGCAGUCCAGCUUUUUUACUAGGGGAUGAUUGCUGUCGUACCGGGGUAUUUUUUUACAUAUAUCUUAGCUCCCAGCUACCAGGUCAAGGAUCCUCUUUUCACUGCAUGAUACCAGAGUCUCUGGUGGUUUAAUGCCAUCCAGAGGACUAACGCACAUCGCAGCAUAGGCCACACCGGUCUGAUUCAGUCAUGGUUCCUAAGACGAAUUUUUCUCUGUUGAGAUUUUUUCGCAGCUUGCUAGCUAAAUGGCCCUACCGCAGAUAGCAAAGCCUUUCUGAUAAGUCAAGACUGACGAUUAGGGGGCUUUCAUGCCUUACCUUUCCCCGAAAAAUGGUGAGGAAAACAGUGUUGAAAAUGCAUUUGAUGCUGCAACAAGAAUACAUUAGCUGUGUAUAUAGUGAUAUGCACUAUUAGACGAAAAGCAUUACACAGAAUAUGGCUUAAUCUCACUAUCCAUGCUAGUAUCUAGUAUCUUGACAUGGGUUUUGAGUAGCGUCAACAACGCCGCAGAGUUUUUUUCACUUAUUACCACAAUUAUAUCGUGUCAAAUGGAGAUUUUUAGGCAGGUUUUUCGAACUCCAGAAUUUCCUCAAACGAUUUGCAAUGAAGCAGCUAGGACAGAUGGACCUCUAGCAGUCCCUCUAGGCAUAGCACCCGGCACUACGUAAUUGUCGAUAACCGCAGACACAAAGCAUGACUUACGCAGUGCCUCUUCUCAGGCGGAAUUGGCAUGAGCCGUUAGGCCUCUCAGAGCAAGCCAGAAUCACCAGGUGCAUCCCCACUCUAGUAACCUUUCUACAGAAAUUGGUGUCAAUGUAGUCUUCUGAUCGACCUCUCCUUCACUUUUGUCAACUCUUCACUGCCACGCAAACCCUCUUCAGCCAACAGCUUACGUUAUUUUUCUGCAUCUCACAGUGACACCCAACAGUGUCGGAGUCCAGAUGCUGAGGCAGUGACUUUAAUCGCGUGUCCUCAGUUACACUUGCUUACCUUGAAUCACUUGUCGUUGUGCACGCUUGUGUGCCUUCUGUAGUACCAUCAUACAAGUCUGUUUUGGCUAGACAUUAGCCCGUCUUGUGGGCUACAUGCCUCGCGUUGACUUUUGCCUUUGGAAUUUGCUUUUUCGAAUAGUUACUCGCCUGAUUCCAUGCGGCAUCUCAGGCGUUUUUUGCUUUGUAUGCAUAUAUACCCAAUUUGCAAUUACGAGUGAGCUUGUACGAGACGCCUGUGUUAGUUUGUCAUCGUUAGUACCGUAGAAUACCUCCUACUUAAUACGCCAGGUGGUAUCCACCAUGUCAUGGGCAGUGCUUGUUCAUACAUGGCUGCUUUCGUGAAGCCGAUGUUUUCUUUUUCUUCAACGAUAAAAACCGACAUUCAGGGACUGAAGGCCUCGACGAAUUUUGUCCACCUGAUUGCGAUGGUUUUAAGGCAGCAGUACUUAUGAAAGGAACGAUAGGAGCUAAAUCUCACUUAUUGUUACUAGGCAAGAUAGAACUAUGUCCUACACAAGUAUAUACACUCGUGAUCCUGUACUAAGAGGACUCUGUAAGGAAGGAUCGCCGCCAAAUCAUUAGACCUGUGGUACAGCUCAAUAGGCUUGAGACCAGACCCGUUCCUGGAAAGUACUAGAUCCUUACAAUCAGUAGAAUCUACAUAAAAUGUCACAAUGACCGGUGCAUUUGUACGACUAAUGGUGGUAUGGGAGUUGUUACCACCGGCACCGGUCUUCUACGAUUCGCAGACAGAAACGAAGGCCUGCAUUUUAAAUGUAGGUUAAUUCACUGAUUUUACAACGCCCAUUGUGCCCCGUCACCAUAUCACUAUUUUUUAAUCGUCUGGUGUUAUCAUUUUAAACGUUACUUAAGACGCAGUUGACAGUGCAGUCAUCGAAUAAACUAAAUGGAAGGAUCUUUGGAUUGUCUAAGUUCAGCGAAUAUUCCCAUGUUACAGUUGAAAAGCCAAUUUGGAAAAAUACGUGUUUUCGGUAACUUUUCAAGGGGACGCAGCAAGUGACCUACUAAGAAGACGUCUGAAGACAGCGAUCACUGGCGCUUUCCCCGCGGCGAACUUACGUGUGUUUCACGAACUCUCCCCUCCUACGCUUGGGAGGUAAAAACCGACUCCCGUUGUAGGCCAAAUCGAUGUGUGUUUACUCAUUCACUUACUUAUAUGGAGCGGGAUACAUUGGCCGUACAACGAGGCGCCUGGAAAAGAGAGUACGUGAACACAUACCGGCCUGACUAGGCAGAGGUGAAAAGAAAUCGAUCAAGAGUUCUAUUCUCGCACAUCUUGUCGAUACGAAUCACCGAGUCGACGCCAAAGAAGCCUUUCAGGUUGUCUACCGGACAUCAGCAAGCUUCUCCAGAGGCCUAAGCCAACGGGUGCUAGCUACAGCCGAGGCAGUGGCUAUAAGGCUAGCCAAUCCAGCGCUAUGCUGUCAGAAGACUCUGACACAGGCGCUCUGUCUUCCGUGGCCAACGCCGACCCCAACGUCGCCGCAACCUUCUGAUGGCAGUGGUGUGCACGACGUACCCGACGUACAAACAUUACUCACAGCCUACACCCCCCCCCCUCCCCCUUGACCCAAUAACCACUACACCCCGACCACGCCAUAGCACGCCUCGUCAUGCGAGUGGCGUGGGAACGAUGGGUUUUAAUAGCCCCUGAAUCACAUAUAAACCCUGUAACUUCGCAUAGUUUAAACUUCUAUGUAACCGCUUUGGCCUGAUGAAGAGUUACCGGAAACACGUGUUUGCCAAAUUGACUUUUAAAUGGAAGGUCCAAAAUGUAACACCCAUCCUGAAGAAAAUAUGUAAGUUUUUCAUACUUACUUUCUUCAGGUAGACGGUCGCAUCUUAUUAUCAACUUCUGAAAUGAUACUUUUUACCUUAUGUUCAUUUUUUGGACUACAGUGGUGUUGGGGGUUGUUGCGUUCACAGGACGCAAUGGAGCUUGGGGUUUGUUCAAAGGGGACCGGUAAUAUUUCUGCCAGUCAGACUAAACUAUUAAGAUUCAGGCCCCAACAUAGACUAAUCACUCAAGGGCUCCCCCCACUCGAGUCGACCUCCUUCAAAGCCUCGAUGCUAGGCUCUCUUACCAAUUUUGCCCACCUCUUCUAUGUGAGCUUUUUCCUCUCCCCGCUUAGGAGGCUCCUCUCGAGAGCCUGAAUGACUAUCUGUUUGCUCUGACGAGUCACGCCGUAUACUGGGAGUCACAGGACUGUGUCCUAUUCAUACUCUCCGAACUUUUCCGUGGCCCACAUCGGCCCACUUUGCUGUCGAUGUCUUCUUCCCUCCCCGCAUCAACUAAACUCUCUGCCGACAUGGUGUCUACUCUGGAGGGUGCACUCAUCGAUCAACCUACAUCCGUGGACAGCGGCAGCCAAGCAGGCAAUCCUCUGCCCAACUUAAGCACUGUCUGGCCACCAUCACGACAGCAACCACCAGCCGCCUUUGAGCCGAUCGUGCCGGUACCACGGCCGCCUGCUGUCGAUGACCCCAGCCAGACAACCAGAGCAAGCAGUACGCCAACGCCUACAGUUCGACCAUUGUCUGUUCCUACGUCGUCGCCUAUACCUUCGGCCUUCCAGCCAACUUCUACGGGUUAGUUUUCUCACCUGUAUGUUGUUUUUUACAUCUUGCGACCCGUUCCACUCGGAUGUAAUUCUCCUUCCAUUGAGAUGUUAUUGGUUAAAAUUGAAGCGGGUUGUUACCAGAAACCCUCUGAAAGACGAUGGGAGCUUUGACGAUCUGGCCAGUGCCGUUCCAUCAAAGCUAACGGUGGUCGUAGAAAUUGCAACUGGGACAGGGAAAAUGAGUUUAGCAUAUGCCACUGUCAUUUUCAGUGUCCAGCGAGGCGACACCCAUCCCCUGAGCUGUAACUAACGUCGGAUGGGCAACACUGAGCUCAUCUCUGACACGACAGAAAAUUAUUUGCUUGUCGUACACGAGAGAGCCAUCCUCGAUCUCUAUUACUUACGGAAAAUUAUUUGCCGGAAGUGAUUUGAAGUAGCCGUCAGUCAUGGAGUUCGCUGAGUUCAUUGUGCAUCGUCCUUUCCAUUCUAACCGCUCUCCGCUGGCGACGUUAGGUUCUCUGCAUGCCCUGGAUCUGAAGGGGGAUCAAGCGUCCAGGCUGACUCCUUUAGUUUGCGCCUUACAGAAGCAACGCAUAGCUGGCUUCUCGUUUAGGCUGACCAGCACUCACCAACACCAGCAGUUCAACCCCAACAUCCGACGCACUUCAUGGUUAUCAAUUUCACCAUACUUCCAACGCAGGCACUAGGCAGACCUUGAAGAAGGAGAAACGAUCGCUGGGACAAGAGCUUUAAUAGCCUGAUGUUUCGGACUCCUGCUCGAACCCAUCAUCAGAGACAAAGGCAGAUAGGGGUGGUGAGGAUGAUGGGUUCGAGCAGGAAUCCGAAACAUCAGGCUAUUAAAGCUCUUGUUCCAGCGAUCGUGUCUCCUUCUUCAAGACUACUUCCUGGGACUCGGCUCUUCGCUUCUAUUGGCAAUGUAUUUGGGCGCAAUGCGCUGCGAUCGGCCCGGCGAUGGGAAACCUUCGCCCUUCGGGAGGCCUCCAUGUAUUCGCAGGUCCGGUUUCUGCACAGGUGUCUCAACAAUAAUGUGUUACCGAAAUGUGUUUCAUACAAGCCCCCGGUUAACACGGAUUUGGUGAAGUCAAAAUUGUACUGAAACUUGCGGGUGUUUUCACCGACCAUGAUCUUCCUCCGUCGCGAGGGAUAAAGGCUGACCAGCACUCACCGCACCAGCAGUUCAACUCCCAACAUCCAACACACUGCACGGUCAUCAGUUUCACCAUAAUCCCAACGCCGACACUAGGUAGACCCCUUUUGCCAGUUUUUCGUGGCCGCAUGGCGCAACUGCAAUGUGCCCGACUUACCCAUACAUUAUUGAAUUUAACGGGCUUACUUUAUUGCCUGCACAUUAUUUCUGAAAAAUUUAAUUUUCACACAAAUCUGCCGGAAAAGCUAGAUAUUCCCUUCUUAGGUAUCGCCUGUUUGAGGGCAUUUAUACCUGGACUAAUUAGAUACGGCAUUGCACCUCCUCCGACUUAAAAUAGUUCAGUUAUUAUUGUUUAGUAGAAGCCCCGCACCGACGUUUAGUUGCACUAAAUGAGUCGGACUAAUCAUCCACGAGGUGUUUUCUAUCUCUUUGGGUCUCCAUGUAUUGGAUUAGGCUAUCAUAUCAUUUUAAUUUGCCCUUAUUCAACUCGUCAAGCAUUUCCUGAGACAUCUGUCUUCACACUACCGGUAGAAAUCGGUGGGACCCAGGCAAUCCCAAACGUGUGCCCUGGAACGGAGAUCCGGGACUAAUCGUACAAGGGACGUAAUGAGCUGCGGUUUUUUUCUCGAUUUUUGAACGACGUCUAAUGAAGUUCGUCAUUGUCAUUAUUGGGAGGCAUAGUAGCGUAUCAAAACCCUGCGUCCAUGUACAGUUUGGCAGCAGACCCGUUAACCGGUUGGCAUAUAUCCUCCUUCAAAGAAAUUGACUCCUUUUGGGUCACUAAAUAGACCAUUUUUGACACUUGGUUAACCCGUAACGCGCCACUUAUCGUCACUUGCCCGCUCUGCGGGUAGGACUCAUCUGUUCAGGUUAUGUCUUCUCAUUACACACUGCUACACAUAUCUGUGCAUCGUCCGUACCACCUGACCCAUGUUGAUUACUUCGGAGGACUAGGCUACGCAAAUGACCAAUCCGUUUCACGUUUGAGGUUACAUGCUCGUUUUCAAGCUACCACCACAAAAUUAUCAGACAUCUCAAUUUCCUAGAAAACAUGAUUAGCUAAGCAGCCACUCUACGCUUCUCCGGGUACGUAUAUGGUAUGGGCGGCUCUUAUUGUUGGUCAGAAACGCACGCUUUCACGUUUAUAUAGUCAGCUCUGAAUUUCCUCCUUUUUUAUAAAGUCCCCUGGUAUAGUUAAUUCCUAGCAACCGAAAGUUUUACUAUGAUUUAUUAAGGAGUUACUUCUUCUUUGAAAGAAACAGAGAUGUGCCGUAAACGGAGGUGGACUUUUCCAGUUUAUUUCUCGUUAUGAGUCUCAAACUGAGCUCUAGACUGAGAUGUAAACCAAAGACCAAAAGGUAUGCUCGUACUCCAUUCUGUGGUCGCAUCAGAUAGGCAAAAGUCACCUUCCCUCGCCUGUCACAUUCAUAGCCGACAGAGUGUGCCCUUUCCCCUCCCCCCAAAGUUGCAGGUGAACAAGCCAGCCGCCAUUCAGAUAUUUCUUUUACCCGAUUCCUCUCCUCAGACUUUACUUUGAAAAUCCAAUUUCAUGAAUAUUACAUCUCAGACUUGCAUACAUCUGUGUUCCCUAAGGGGCAUUAUUUGAAGUCUAUUUGCUUUCAUUUGGUGCAGACGUAUAAAUCAUAAAAUUUUACUAAUUCAUCGCCUGAAGGUAGGCUUCCUUGCGACGCAUCUUUUCUAGUCGUUCAUGCACUAAUCAAAGUCAAAAUUGUAUUGAAACUUGCGGGUGUUUUCACCAACCAUGAUCUUCAUCCGUCGUGAGGGAUAAAGAACGCAAUUGUUCGAACCAUACAAUUCCGACUGUCGUGUACGUUAGGUUUCAACACCUAAUUCACUCUUUUUGCUCGCAUCCACCCUAUUGUAACGGUAAGGCAGGCUCAGGACGUUCGGGAAUGGAUGUGGGUGUAGUAACUGCCGUGUCUGGUUAGCUCCUUACACAUGGACCGAACUCCAAAAGUAGGGCUCUUGAACCUCUAAUCGGGGGGGUUGACGUGAAUAACCGAACAAGAGGGCGCCGUUGUAGCUUCGCCCUCAGCCCUAAGGAAACCAAGUUAACCCGCCAGUUCGAAGUUGCCCAAGCUACGACGUUUAUCCUCCCACGUUUCGUAUAGUGAGGGGGAGUAAACGCUAAAUCGAACUAGGUCAGCCUCACUCUGUUUCAUAUCCCAAGUACCGGUCGUACUGCGAACGUAGUUGUUUUACUAGUUGUGAACCGUCUACCUCUUUUUACUCUAUUUGCUGCAGCUUUCCCGAGGAGCUUAUACGACCCGCACGAACAAGUGGCCAACACCGAUAUACACCAUUUCUCGCAGGCACCCUCAGGCUCACCGUUGCCGCCACACCGACCGCCCUUCCAUGGCAUUCCUCCGCCUACUACAACUACUCCGGCCUGGCCAUCCUAUGCGGACGUUCUCUCCGACUUUGAUGCACAUCGUGGCAGUGACAGCAUGCCAGCUGGUGAUCACCCGUACUCGGGGACGGGUGAAAAGGUCAGUGUUGAUGGCGGUGGCGGUGACAAUGUUGUCAGCAGUGGUGCUGGGGGAAGCAGUGAAGGUUUUGCUCUCAUCGAUAUUGACCUCAGCGGCCUUGGCGGCGGUCACUCAGCUAGCACAACGCAGCAAUCGUUGCGGCAGCCACCUCUGCCGCCCCCAUCCUACAAAAAACAGGAAUAG